AUGGACGACUCCUCCCCGCCGCCGCCCUCCGGCAAGAACUCCGGCGGCGCCGACCGUCUCACGAUCCAAUCGCUCCCAAUCUUUCGGUUCUCGUCCCUCAAAGGCCACAAGAAAGACGGGCUCGAGUGCGCCGUCUGCCUCAACCGGUUCGACCCGGACGAGUACCUCCGCCUCCUCCCCAAAUGCAGCCACGCUUUCCACCUCGAGUGCGUUGACACGUGGCUCGAGGCACACCCGACUUGCCCCCUCUGCCGAUGCAGAGUGGGCCCCGAAGACGCGUUGUACAGCUGUCAGCAGCAGUUGUACAACGCGAACGCGAGACCAUCUUCCAGCAGUACCGCGCGGUAUAGCGGCCCGGUGGAGCAGCAACAGUACAGCGCGAGACUGUCUUCCGGAAGGCACGAUAGUACUGCGCAGUACAGCUGUCCGAUUGACUGCAGCACGAGGCUGUCGUCAUCAGGCAACAGGCACUCGGAUGGGUCGCUCGAGAUCAUAGUGGAGAAUCAACAUUCGGGUAGGGCCUCGCUCGAUGGGAGGCGGAGGGACACGGGAUUGUUGAUGUUGUCACCGGUCGUGGUGCGUGGGGAGAAGCGUCGGGUGGAGCACCGGAUAAUAAUCUCCGGAGGGGAGGAGGAGGAGGAAGGGAGGUGUCGGAGGUGGAGCGACGUGGAGGCGGGGGAGCUUUUGUAUUUGAGGUCGGAGAUGAUAAUUGGAGGGAGAAGCGUGUCGGAGAUAAUGGGGUUGAAUAGGCGUGAGGAGAGAGGCGGCCGAAGGAAGGAGAGGGAAGGGGUUGUGAAGAGGUGGCUGGCGUGGAUUUCGCUCGCACAACCGAGCACGACAACAGUAGGAUCUUCGACUGCAUGUGCUAGUGCUUCCUAG